CUCAACUCUACUCUAAUAUUCUAACCUUUCUAUUUUUCUACAUGAUCAGUUCACCAAAUUUCUUUGUUCUUAUCACAUUUUCCAAACAUUCAUACAAACCCUUGCAUCAAAUUCCAAUCUUUCUCAAAUCUUUCCAUCUUCUCAAUCAUCAAUAAACCCAGAAAAUUCCCAAAAUGCAAAAUCAAAACCCUUCAGAAAUGGAUCCCUUAAUAUGGAGCAAAUUACCCCAAGAACUCUUAGAUCAUAUUUUCUCUUUUCUCCCCUUAAAAUCAAUCCUUUAUCUAAGAUCUACUUGUAAACAUUUUAAAGCUUUGAUCUUUAACCCAUCUUUCCUUUCAAAAUUCAAUCUUUUUUCUUCUUCUUGUUCUUCCCCAUUUUCUUCUUUCCUAUUACUAUCUCAUCCUCAAUUUAAUCACCAUUUUCCUUUAUACAAUUCUGUUUCUGGUACUUGGAGAGAUCCUUCUGCUGCAAAAUCUUUGAUUAAUCCUUGUUCAUCAUCUUCAUCUCUUCUUUCUGCUUCUAAUGGGUUAUUUUGCUUCCAUUUACCUAUUUCCUCAUCAUUUUUAGUCACUAAUCUCUUGUCUAGAUCCUCUAUUCUUGUCAAAUUCCCUAAAUUUCCCUUCACAUUUGAGAUUCUUACUCUGAUUUCUUCCCCAAAUGGGUUUAAAAUCUUUAUUUAUUCAUCAAAAUCUGUGUUUCUAUAUGAUUCUACCCAUCAAUCAUGGAGGAAAUUUGAUGGGUUUGAGCCAAUUUUGAAUGAUACAAUUCAUCAAGAAGGUGUUUAUAGAGAUGGGUUUUUGUUUUUCAUUACUUCUUACCCUUUUAAAGUUGUUUCCUUUGAUCUACAAAAGGGUAAUUGGUGCAAUCCCUUUAUAGAAAUGCCUACAAAUGAACUUGCUUUUGCUAGGGUUGUGAUUUCUGAUGAAGAACAAGAAGGUGAAAAUGGAGGAAAAGCAAGAAAAAUGUAUGUGAUUGGUGGGGUAGGAAGUAAUGGGAUUUCUAGGAAUUUGAAAUUAUGGGAAUUAUAUGAAGAAAAUGAAGGAAAUCAAUGGGUUGAAAUUGAAAGUUUGCCUGAAUUGAUGUAUAAGAAAUUGGUAUCAGUAUGUUAUCAUAAUUAUGAACAUAUAUAUUGUUUUUGGCACAAUGGUUUGAUUUGUAUAUGUUGUUAUAGUUGGCCUGAGAUUUUGUAUUAUAGGGUUUCUAGGAGGACUUGGCAUUGGUUGCCUAAAUGUCCUGCUCUUCCUCACAGAUAUAGUUGUGGAUUUCGUUGGUUUUCUUUUGUUCCCAAGCUUUAUGCUUCUUUUUGAGCUGUGACCAGAGGUGUGCAGUUAGGCCAUCGGACUGAGUACUGCAUUCACAUUGAUUUUUACCUCAUUGUAAUAUUUGAAGUCGGGUUAAAGUCGGAGUCAACAUAAGUACUAUUCACAUUCAUUUUUACAUCUUUGUAAUCUUCGAAGUCGGGUUGGAGUCAGCAUGGUUGGGUAAAUAUUGAAUGGAGUGUAUUUUGAACCUUUCUACUUGUGAUGAGUUGUUGAAUUUCAUCUUUGUGACAAGAGGUGUGCAUUUCGGCCUUCGGACCAAAAUUUGUGUUUAAAUUGAUUUUUAUAUCAUUUUAAUUUUUAAAGUCGGGCUAAAGUCGAUUACAGUAAUAUAAAGUUGGGUAAAUAUCGGAUGAAAUGAGUUUUGAACCCUUUCUACUUGUGAUGUGAAAAUUUGUUAAUUUGAGGUUAGUUUGAAGUUUUUCAUCAAGGUAUAGCACUCAUAUUAUGUAAGUGUGUUGAACCAAUUUAUUUUACGGAACAUCUAGGUCGAAAUUUCUCUCAUGUAUUCUUUGUUUAUAUCGAUUUGUUGUUGCAUUUAUUGGUAUUGGAAAGCUUGAUUGUAAAAGGGUUUGUUCAAACUUCAAAUAUACACUCUUCAAUCUCAUAUUCUUAUUCAUGGAUCAUGGGUAUACAUGUAUAAUGUGUAGUACACUUAAUUAAGUAUCUUAGUAUUUCAUGUAAUUUGAAGGGAAAUUAGCUUCAUUAUAAAGGUUGAUUGUUAAGUAUUUAGAAUGUAAUAAUAGUAUGUAUUUUAUUGGUCUCAUUUAUUUUAAA